AUGUGCACUGGAACCGCGGACACCGAUCCGAGCUGUUCACCGCAGGGACGCCUUGGACCCAUGUCCCUUAUCCUCGGGGAAUGCUGCUUUUCCCAGCCAACGCACCAAGAAAUGUAGCCUUAUGAGGCUUUGCCCUCAGGUGGGAAAAAUAUUGCGCCCGGGAAAGGGAAGUGGGAGUCAACAGACACUCAAGGAAUAGUUCGGAGAAAAGACUUUUAUUUCUACCAUCCAUGAACUGGUAGAAGGAGCAAAUGUGAUAAGUCACAAAAAGCAUGCACGGGCUCACAGUCAUGUGCACAGAGCAUAUAUACCCCUUCCAGUUCCCUCCCCUUUCUCCUCCUUUUCCAGGAGUCCUGCCCCAUGAGUUCCUCUGAGCAUGAACAGAAAGCUGUCUUGGGACUAUUGUGGACUCUUGGCGCCCUUCCCAGGAAAAGGGGAAUGAAAGCGGUUCAGCAUGUCCAAAGAUGUUGCAACUAGAAUGAGAUAAAAGUCAGUUCUCAGGCCUGCUUUGAACAGUCUAUUCAUUAGCUUUUUGCAGCCUUCUUGUACUGAUAAAAAGUAACGGUUUGCCCUUGCCACAGCAUCUUGUGAGAAAAGCAGAGAAGAGCAGAGAAAAGCUGUUUUGGAUUUUUAGAAGACAAAAGGAAUUUUGGACAGUUUUGAGGCCUGGUGGGGGGGGUGACUUCGGGCCUAGGUGGGGUCACCUGUCCUCACCUCCUACAAUGCCAUGAAAGUCAACCAAGGGGAAGCGAGGAAGUCACUUAACAAUGUUAAUAAGUGUAAUUUUCAAUAAGGCUAUGAUUUAUGUUUUUUUGUCUUAUGUGUUUGUUUAUAAUAUUAUGAAAACCAAUUCAAAAAAACUGGGGAAAUUUUUGGACAGCUUCUCCGCCCACUUUUGGCGCGCAAUGCGCCCCUGGCCAAAGCGGGCAAGUUCCCCCCCGUUUCCAUUUCCAGGCCUCCCUUUGUCUCCGUCUCCCUCACCAAAGCGACAAGACCGCGCCCCCCCCCCGCGCGCGCCCGCAUCCUCUCGUCACUCGGGCGCGCAACCCCCCCCCGGAGGCGCGCCAGGCCUGGACGCGCGCAGGAAAGGGCGGAGAAGAAGCGCGUUCCGGGCGCGCGCGCGCAGCAGCCGCCGCCUCCGCGCCUCUCCAAGGCGGCCCCGGGCUGCGCUUUGCGCCCCUGCUGCUUCCAAGCGCCUCCAUUUCCAGAGGCGGCCCCGGCGGGGCUCGCGGGCUCCCGCGUCGUGGCCGGACGAGGGCCGGAGGGCGCAGGGCGGCGCCCGGAGCUCGGCGGGGACCCUCUUGGGGUAAGGGCGCGCCGCUCUCCCGCUCGCUCCUCCGCCUGCGCCUCGGAGGAGGCUGCGCGCGGAAGCUCCGCGGAGACGCCGCCGCCGCUGUUUUCGGGGGCCGCCGGGGCGGGAGGCCGAGGGCGGCCCCGGCGUUGCUUGGGGCCGAGGCUCCGCCGGGCUGGCCUUCCUUGCUCCGGUUGUCCGGAGAGAAAGCCGGUCCGGCGCUGACCUUCUCAUUUCUAUGGCGCAGGGCGGUUUGCAAGACGGAAACGCAAAAGAGGUUUUUGAGCAGAGGGCUGAGAUUCCUGCAUUGGAAGGCGUUGGGCUAAAUGACCCCCCCGGGGGGGUCCCUUCCAACUCUGCCCUUCUAUGAUCCUGUUGAGGUUCUUGCAUUGCAGAGGGUUCGACUAGAUUGGCCCUCGGGGGUCUCUUCCAGCUCUACAGUUCUGAUAACAAACAAGGCUGUCCCCCCUAUCAGAAGUCCUGCCCUUUGAGUAAGUUAUUUGUUAUUAAUUAAUUAAUUAAAAUCUUGUACCGCUCUUCACCGAAGAUCCUAGGGAGGUUCACAACAGAAAAAUUGCAAAUAUAUAUUAUAAAACAGAAACACACCAAUAACCCCUCUCCCACAAAAGCAUUCUUGAUAACGCCUCUAACUUGUUUUUUUUUCCUUUUUUUACAAAAGCCCUCUGCGGGAUUUUAUUAAAUGCCAUGGUUCUUUUUAAAUCUUUAUUUUCUCCUGCUUUGCAUCCUUCUAAAUUUGCGAUUGAUAAGCCACAAUAGUUGCAUCUGUGUGAAUGGUAGUGUACUGGGAUCAGCUCUCUUGGGUGAUUCUUUCAUUCGUUUAGGUUUUUGUAAGAAACAAACCGAAACUAGUGUUUUCUGGUGGGUUGAAAACCACAUAGUUCACCAUCUGUGUAGAGGAGAUUUAAUUUCUUGGCCAAGGCAGGAUCUUUUUAAUAGCAAUCAAAGCUCUCCAGAGACUUCAGAGAACAUUGCAAAAUACUGUUAUUGUCUGGGGACUUGGUUGUUAGUAUUUAAAAGUCUGGCAGUCGGUGGGUAUUAACAAAAGGCAGGGCUGGCAUUGUGUUAUAAAAACUAGCUGUCUCCAUCUCUACCCACACAGAGUUAUGGCAGCCAUCCAUGUGCUAACAAUUUUUCCCCAAUAAUGCCAGGACAGUUAUAGGCUUUCCUGUUACUAUUCAGCACUUUUCCCACUUAAAGUUAAGGGCAAAACUUACUGACAGCAGUGUCUGUUAGAAUUGUAAAGUUUGGGUCCCGAUUUUAGUGCUUGGUGGUUAAAUUCUGUACUUUUGACUGCUGAAAUAAGCAGCCCUUUGGAAACACAAAAUAGGGGAUCAAAGCCUCUGAAGUCCAGGAGAAUUAACUGGCGUUUAUUAAGAGUAGUCCUAAAUUUCGACUAGGCAGUGUGUUAAAUGCAUGCACAUAAGAGCAAUUGGAACCCAGCCAUUGUGUGCAAAGUGUAAGGCAGGCAAGCACAAACCGUUGGCAGGGGAAACAUGACCUGCUUCUUGUUGCCUCCUUCAAGUAUGUGUGUGUGUGGGUGCUUGCGGCUCUGGAUACUCAGAGAGCUGUGUUGUUGACAGACUGUCCUUAAUUUUCAUGGGUUUGCUUACCUGUGGCGUUGGGAACCCUAAAACCCCGAAUCCACAUAGUUUUUGCUUGUUCCUCUUCUGCUGUAAGUCUGCCUGUUGCUGGCCUCAAAGAUAGGAGUGAGCGUACCCAGUUGAACUGGUCUUAUAACCACAAGGAGCUAAAUAAUAAUAAUAAAUCCUAAGAAGACUCUUGAAGGACAAAAAGUAGUAGAAGGAAAUGCCAAAGACCUUUGCCAUAACCAGAGCGGUAGCUAUGGGGGGCUAGUUGGGGUUUUUGCCCUGGGUGAAACCUCCAGAGGGGUGACAUCAGGGCCAUCUUAAGCAUAUCCGGUGCCGUGGUGCAAAGCUCCCUCCGGUGGCGCCUCCUCCCGUUUCCCAGAGUUUUUUAGCGAGGACGGUGGGGCUGGAGGAGGCGGGCAGUGGCUGGAGGGUGGCUCCUCCGGCGGGGAAGAGGCGGAGGCUGGAUGCGGCGCCUCCCGGCUCAUCUGGACGCUUUGUGCCGCGGUGGCCAUGGCAGACGGAGGUUCUGGGCGCGGCACUGCUUCGGCGUGGCAUGGCGGAGGCGGGUGAGGGCGGUGAGCUGAUGCCGGGUGGCGCCGCGUCCAGCCUCCGCCUUUUCCCUGGCACCCUCCAGAACUUGGUGCCCUGCGCCACUAGCCUCUAUGGGCAAGACGCCCCUGGGUGCCAUUGAGGCUUUCAGCGUGUGUGUGUACGUGUAUGCAAAUGUGUGUGGGCACAGUAUCAAAUUGGGUUGUUGACCUGAGUGAAAUAAAGCCUAGUUUCACCUCUGCCAUAACAGACAAGUGACAAAAAUUGGAACUCUGGGUCAUGCAGUGAUACGAUUUGCAGAAGGUUUGGGACAGUUAUUUGAGGAAUUUGCUGGCACAAGAUGUGAUCCUGGGUAGCUUUAAAUGGGGAUUUGAGAAAUUUGCGGAGUGGAAGGCUCAAUGGCUGCUACUUGUGGUGCCUAUAUGCAACUUCCAGGUUCAGAGGCUGCGAGGACGGGAGAUGAUGGUUGCUUUCACAUUCUGCUUAGGGGCUUUUUGGGUGUACCUGGUUGGGCUCAGUGAGCCUUUCUGUCUGAUCUAGCAAGGCUGCUGUGUAUGACGUGAAAUGCUUAACUAAAACCCAGCUCUUGUGCUCCAGUGCAGCUGUCCUGAACACAAGGGGAUGAAUAGAAAAGAGUAGCUUUGCUAAAAUCCGUGCCCCGGAGACAGGCAAGAUGCUGCUGUUCUGGGUGCACCUGAAUUUGAGCGGCUUGCGAGCCAUCUCAUGGUACCUGUAACAAGAGGCACGAUGGAGGUGGGUGGCCAAAAGCCCCUCACAGACCAGAACAAUGGUUUAUAGUGUAAACCUGUUCAUGUAUUAUUUUGCUGUGUUAUUAGAAUUAGGCCCUUGAUCCGUACGGCUUGGGCUGACUCUCAUGAAAGUUUUGUGAUGGAUCCUCUCAGUUACUUCAUCUUUCUUUUGUUUGCAUGUUGAGUUGACCUGCCCUUAAGGGAGCAGCAGCGUACUAGUCUCUGGUGGUUUUUUCUUUCUCUUGGGACCGAACAGUGUGCUUGUUAUGCAUGCCCUGUAAAAUUGAUGAAGCAUUUAAUUUGCCUCUUUCAUGCUCUGCAGUGCUUUCCCGUUGCUUCGUGAUAACAACAAACUGCUUCAUAUAUAGCACCCCUGGUAAAGCGCUCUCACUCUCUUUUCUGAAAGCUUCAUUUGCUCCCAUGAAGAACCUGCUACAUAUUGGAAACCUUGAGGGCACCUUCUCUCUUGUGGAGCAGCAGACCAGAGAGAUGCAGUGCUGUGGCCAGCAUAGAAUUAGGCAGUCAGUGGACAAGGCUGGAGGUGGACCUAAUGGUGGCAUCCCAAAAAUGGGAUGGUGGGAGCUGGUUCACCGUCCCCCAGACCUACUUGCAGGCCAGAGUGCACGCACGGGAGCGCACGCGGUGGAGGGCGCUUCCCUCUCUCCCCCCUUUUCAGGCCAACUUUCCCAGGCGCCAGGCCAGCAGGUGCGCCAAGCUCCAGCCCACAGUGCGGCCAUGGGGAGAGGUCCGUGGGCGGCGAGGCUUCCUAUCAAAGCCCAGCUCCCUUCCUCCGCAGGGCCGGAGAAGCCAGGAAGAAGGAGGGAGGAGCCGCUGCCGCGGUGAGGAAGGGGAAAAUUGCCCAAAAAUGGCGCCCGAAAAAAGAUUGGAAAAAAAUGGUGAUCGCGCCGACCCAAGCAGCGAUUGCAGAACUGUUCACGGGCCGGAUCCAGAGAGCAAUUGGGCUGGAUCCGGCCCGUGGGCCUUAGUUUGCCAACAAAGUAGCAUGGUACUCUAAUUAGGAUGAACUCAGAGUAGUAGUAUGGUACCAAUUUUCUUCUUUAAACAGCUGCUGCCUGUUGCUGAUACUCGGAUCUAGCCAAAUAACCAUCUUGUUGAUGUUAACAGGGCCAUUUAUAAUAUGUGAUUAGGCAUCACAGUGAUAACGAUAUGGCAUCAUGCAACUCUUUACAUUUGGCUGUUUGUGAUGAUGUCACUAAGGGCAAAUGAAGCUCUCUAGCUGGCCUCACUCUUUGGGUUCCUACGUCAAGGCAGCAAAACCAAUGCUCCCAAUCCUGAUAUGGUGCUCUGAUAGUUCAUUACAUGCCAGCACACUCUGGCAAGGGAACAUUAGCCUACCUGACCUUCACAAUCUAUAAAUAUUUAUUCCCGCUCCCAGAGCAUUGGGAAGAGCAAAAAUUGUCUCCCCAGUCUGGACUAUCUGAAGUUUUGUAUAAUACUGUCUGCUCCCAGUGAUCUUAGUUUAUUUACUGCCUAGUGUUUCUUGACAUGGAUUUUGAUCAUGCGCGUGCAUCUGUUACAACACAAGGGUUGAGACGCUGAAGAAUAAAAAUAGAACAGUAGCCUGCACCAGCAAACUGUAUUUUGUAUGUGGUUCUUGCAUUCAAGACUUGGUCAGAUUGCUCAUGUUGCUUACAUGUAUUGAAAGAUCCAACAGAAUUUAACUCAGUAAUCAUACCUACAUUACGUAAGGCAGCAGAAGCUUGAGUUAUGGGGCAGUGUGCCACCAGAUGUUUUCUUCUUUCAGUUUAUUUCUUUUUGCAUCUGCAAUCCAAAUGACAUUAACACGUGUUAGGCAUUGCACCAGCUACAUCUCAGACGCAGCAGGCAUGGGGAACCUGUGGCCCUGCAUAUGUUGUUGGACUCCAGGUCCCAUCAGCCUCGGCCAGCAUAGCUGUUGGUCAGGGAUGAUGGGAGUUGUGGUCCAGCAGAAUCUGGAGAGCCGCUCCUCUUUGGAUUACAGGAAACCAAUUCCUUUUGAAAGCCAAGAUGAAGAUAAAAAAGGCAAAGGGACCCCUGACCAUUAGGUUCAGUUGUGACCAACUCUGGGGUUGCGCCACUCAUCUCGCUUUAUUGGCCAAGGGAGCCAGCGUACAGCUUCCGGAUCAUGUGGCCAGCAUGACUAAGCCGCUUCUGGCGAACCAGAGCAGCGCACGGAAACGCCAUUUACCUUCCCGCCGGAGCAGUACCUAUCUAUCUACUUGCACUUUGAUGUGCUUUCGAACUGCUAGGUUGGCAGGAGCAGGGACCGAGCAACGGGAGCUCACCCCAUCGCGGGGAUUCGAAUCACUAACCUUCUGAUCGGCAAGUCCUAGGCUCUGGUUUAUUUUUAUUUUUUUAUAAGAUAUUUAUUAAAAUUUUCAAUGUUUUACAAAACACACAAGGAAAAAGAAAAAAAAAAGAAAAUACAUAGUAAAAAUUUAAAAACAAUUCUUUCCUUCCAUUACUUAACCUUCAUUUACUUAUUUCCAGGACCUCCUCACACCUUCCUUUUUUGUAUUCCAGUUCAAUUAUUUUGUUCAGCAAAUCCCUCCCCUCUUUGAAUAUCCUAAUCAUUAAUCCUAAAAAUGUUGUAAUUUUAGAUUUUUACAUAUUACAUAAUAAACCCUUUUUUCAUCUUCCCUUGUAACCUUUCAGCUAGAGACCACUUAGUUUCUAUCCAGCAUCAUUCUAACAUUCAUUAAUUUUACAAUAUUUCUGUAAAUAAUCUUUAAACUUUUUCCAAUCUUCCUCCAUUGACUCUUCUCCCUGGUCUCGGAUUCUGUCAGUCAUUUCCGCCAGUUCCAUAUAGUCCAUCACCUUCAUCUGCCAUUCUUCCAAGGUGGGUAGAUCUUCCACAGCACCACACACAGCUUAAAUAUGAGGACAGUGCUAAAUGAAGCAUGCUGCUUGACGUAUCAAGGCUUCUCCUGCCUGAGGAUGCAAACUCUACCCAUGCCUUUAGCUGUUGGACCGAAGUUGAAGCAGGCCUUUUUGUUAUUCAUGGUGGCAUGACCUGAAGCAUGUAGCGAAUUUCCCAGCAGGCCUUUCUUUCACCUGACUCAGUGUUCUCGCCAACAGACUUGGAUGGAGGGGGCUAGGAAAAGAGGCUGGAUUCACUUCUUGCAAAGCUCCUGGUCGGUUGUGAACAGAAGCCCUAUUUUUUAAAAUUUUAAAUAUUUUUUAUUAGGAAUUUCAGUUUAACAGUUUUUCAAAAAAUACAUCAUCCUCAAUUUCCCCCCUCCCCAUAAGAAAAAAAAAAAGAACAACACAAACAGAACCCCACCCCACCCCGACUUCCCUCAGCUGCUCUCUCUGGUUUUUCAGCACUUGCUAUUCUCUGCAUGUUAUAAAAUUGUACAGAGCCUUAAUUUAUCUAUCUAAAGGUUAUCAGUAAAAAGUUUGUGUAUGUUUAUUCAAAACCUGCCAAGGAGUCCAGUUCAUUUUGCUGUUUCUUUAGGUACUUUGUAAAAGGUUCCCAUUCAUCUUUAAAGUCACAGUUAUCCUUCUCAUGUAAUUUUGCCAAUUCUGCGUAGUCCAAGAGUUUAAUUUAUGUGUCAGUUUUGCCAAUUCUGCCUAGUCCAAUAGUUUCUCUUGCCACAGUUCUUUGCUUGGGAUUUCUUCAUUUUUCCAUCCUUGUGCUAUUAAGACUCUUGCCGCCGUUGUCGCAUACAUAAAGAUAUUUUUCAGUUUCCUUAGCAGGUCUUUUCCUUCAAUCCCUAAAAGAAAUGCUUCAGGUUUUUAACAAAUGUCAAUUGGAACAUUUUCUUCAACUCAUUAUAUAUCAUUUCCCAAAUUUUUAAAAUUUUACUACAAUCCCACCACAUAUGAUAAAAAGUCCCUUCUUUUUCCUUACAUUUCCAACACAAAAUUGAAUCGGUUAACAGAAGCACUAUUUAAGCAAGGUCUGAAGGGCUUGCAACGUUGGUUCUGCCCUCUGAAGUGCUAAUAAUAAUAAUAAUAAUAAUAAUAAUAAAUUUUAUUUAUAUCCCGCUCUCCCCAGCCGAAGCCGGACUCAGGGCGGCUAACAACAAUAAAAUAAUACAACAUUCUAAAAUCAUUUCAUUAAAAUUAAUUCAACUCAAAUUGAUGGCAACCAUUAGGCUAGAGUUCUGUGAAGGUUGCCGAAGGAGGGGGUCAGGCUGUGCCCUGGCCAAAGGCCUGGUGGAACAGCUCCGUCUUGCAGGCCUUGCGGAAAGAUGUCAGGUCCCGCAGGGCCCUAGUCUCUUGUGGCAGAGUGUUCCACCAGAUUGGAGCCACAGCCGAGAAAGCCCUGGCUCUGGUUGAGGCCAGCCUAACUUCUCUGUGCCCUGGGACCUUCAAGAUGUUUUUAUUUGAAGACCGUAAGUUCCUCUGUGGGACAUACCAGGAGAGGCGGUCCCGUAGGUACGAGGGUCCUAGGCCGUAUAGGGCUUUGAAGGUUAAAACCAGCACCUUAAACCUGAUCCUGUACUCCACCGGGAGCCAGUGCAGCUGGUAUAGCACCGGGUGAAUGUGAUCCUGCAGCGAGGACCCCAUAAGGAGUCUCGCUGCAGCAUUCUGCACCCGCUGGAGUUUCUGGGUCAGUCUCAAUGGCAGCCCCACGUAGAGCGAGUUACAAUAAUCCAGUCUGGAGGUGACCGUCGCAUGGAUCACAGUGGCCAGGUCAGGGUAAGAGAGUGCUGGAACGGAGGGCUUUUUCACGCCCCUCCCACAGUGCAAAACCCAACGGAAGGACAAUGGGAGCAUCCAGGCAGAGCGUUGGUUGUUGCUCAUGUUGGGGAACGGGGGUUCAGAGGCCUUGCCUGUGUCCUCGCCUUGAGGUGUGCAACAGGGAUCUUGUGUCGGGAGGUGCUUUUGUAUCGGGUUGCGCUGAGGGCUAAAUUUGGACCCUGGGUCUGCAGCAAGACCCACAAGAAGUGGGGCUGCCCUUGAGUGCUGCUAGAUUACUGGGAUUACCAGGUUACUAGGAUGGGGGUAAGCUUUGUUGCUUGGCACUGUAACACCCGCAGGCAGGGCCCAACUUGGCUCCUGUUUUGGGACUACAAUUCCCAUCAUCACUUACCCCUGGUCCUGUUAGCUAGGGAUGAUGGGAGUUGUAGUCCCAAAACAUCUGGAGGGCCAAGUUUGGCCAUGCCUGCGUUACGGUGACUAGUAGCUUUUUUAGAAAAAUUAAAAAAUAAAAACAGUAAGCAUUACUGCAGGGGAUACUCAACUGUUCCAUUUGAGAGGGGAAAUGUCUAAUGUGAACUUUAUUUAUUUAAUGACCUUUAUAUACCUCUUCAUUGUAAAAACAACAACCUGUGUACAGUUUACAGCAACAUAAAAAAAACCCUUAAAAGUGGUUAAUAAAAAACAGCUAAAAACAAAUUACUAAAAAGAUCACUAAAAUCAGCAGUAUCUAAAAAGAAAUAAAGCACAUGCAACUUAAACAUUUGUGGAUAGGCUUACCUACACUACACAAGGAUGUGGUUUUGGGGUGUACAGUGUUCAUCUUGGCGCUGCAGGGGAUCCACAGUCACGAUCCACAGCCACAUGGGAACGUCUCGAGAUGACUGGGCUGUGUUGCUGAAACAUCCUGGAGCUUUCUUCUCCAUUGAAACAGAAUUUGCAGUCCCAGGUUGACAGCUGCGGGAUAGUAGUGUGUGCAUGUUUAAAAUGAAGCAGUUGUAGUUAGAAAUACAGUCUGGAAACGAAAGUUUCACUUGCAUGGGGUCUGUCAUAUUCACAGUGCUAAUGUUAAACCUGCACAGGUGAAUGAAUACUUUGAAUAUGAAGUUUGAACCAGAAAGUGUGUUUGUGUGUUGGAAAGGGGGGGGGGCCGGAGCUGCGAUUUUUGUUGUGACAUUUUUUGUUUCCUCUCCCAUUGUGUCUCCUGCUCCAGGUCCUUCCUUCUCCUUUGUGGGUGGGUGUUUCUGCUUUUGGAAGCUGUUGCCUGGAAGAAAGUGUGUGUGUGUGUUGGGACUUUCCUGUCUUGGGAGAAUACAAUGGACAUUGGCAAUGGGGAGGGAAAAGAUGAGAUUUUGCGAAGGAUUUUCCAGAUUACUGCUAGGAGGAAGUGGGAGGGAGAUCUUCCGGCCAGGUGACCUCAUGAAGGCUUCCUCUGUGAACAAGGCAGGCUGGAAUUGUGUAGGCAUAAAUUUUUUGAGAGAUUGCUGUUGGACCCUGCCCAGGGGCAUGUUUGCAGAAUGGUUGUUAUGCAUUUUUGUGCUUUCAUUUUGUAUUUUUAUGUUGUGAGCCACCCUGUGAUCUUCGGAUGAAGGGUGGUGUGACGUUUGCCCUCCUAGGUGUACGACAUUCAUAAGGAAAGGGUUAAGUAAUUGUAAAAUGACUAACCAAUGGGAACCCAAGGGGCGGAGUUGACUGUAUAAGGUUUAAGCACAGAGGUUUUAGGGAGUAAUAAUAAUAAUAAUAAUAAUAAUAAUAAUAAUAAAUUAUUUAUACCCCGCCCAUCUGGCUGAGUUUCCCCAGCCACUCUGGGCAGCUUCCAAUCAAGUUAGAGUUGGAGGUAUAGGUCAGUAAAGAAACUAAAGUUAAGAUACUGACAGGAAUAUUUUCUGAGAAACCAUAAACUUGCUAAUGUUUAUAAAAUAAACUUGUUUAUUUGGUUCACUGUUAACAACUGUCUGGGCUCCGUGUUUUACCCGAGAGUAACGGGUUGGUGGCAAUGGGGAAGCGAGCACAGUGGUGGCGGAGGGAUCAGUAGACCAUUAAACGUCCAGGGACCCUGUGUGAUCGCCACAGGUGGUAUAAAGUUUUUAGAAAUAAAUAAGUAAUUAAGUAAAAAUAAAACAUAGGACCAGUUCUGGCAUCACCUUUAUCCAUGGUUGUGCUCACAGCAUCACCAACAAAAUCCUCAUGGGAGAACCCUCACUUGUUGCUUUUCAGCUGCUCCCUGUUCCAGGAGAUAUUGCUUCCAUUCUGGCUGCCUCUACCGUAAGGUGGGUCUAUGUGGUGCUUCCUGGGUGUUUUGCACUUAGAAACCCCCCAGUCCUGGGCAGCAGCGAUGAUGGAAGUUGUAGUACCAGAUUAGCUGCCUUUGUCCAGAGGCACUUGUUUAUAAAGGGGGACCAAAUAAAAUAACCCAAUGAGGCCCCAAAGUUCUGACUUCUGCAGCUUAAGAAGGCUGAAUCCCAACUGUAUACAGGAGGGAUGACAAAUGCGGCUGAAAAGAAUUAUGCUUGGGCCACCCAAAAGCUCAGGUAGUUGGGGGCAUUAAGCGGGAAAACGAUAUUGUCACUGGGUUCCUUGGGUGGUCCUGGUGAUCUUUACCAGUGCCUGCUCUGUGAUAAUUUGUUAGCUCCUGAAUCCAGUAGGAAGUCCACAAUAACAAAUAGGAUGCAUAUUGUAUCAUUUUUGAAGCGUAACCUAAGAAAUCAAAUAUUUUACCCAUGGACCAUAGCUCUUUAUUAAAAGCUCCUUAACUGUCAAAUAGGUGGUCAUGAUUCACUUCCAGAAAAUGUGUGUGUGUAACACUUUUCUGCAAUGCAGGAAUCUCAGCUAAAGCAUCCAUGACAGCUGUUUAUCCAACCUCUGCUUAAAAUCUUCCUAGGAAGGAGAGUCCACCACCUUCUGAGAGAGACUGUUCUACUGUUGAACAACUUUUACUGUCAGAAAGUUCUUCCUGAUAUUUAGUCGGAAUCUCCUUCUUUGUAACUUGAAGCCAUUGGUUUGGGUCCUAGAAUCUGGAGCAAGAGAAAACAAGCUUGCUCCAUCUUCCUCUUGACAGCCCUUUGUUUAUUUGAAGAUGGCUGUCAUGUUUCCUCUUAUUCUUGUGUUUGUUUUUUAAAAUAUCAUUUUUACUUGCUUCCUGGGAGUAGGUCCCAUUGAAAACAGUAUGACCAGCUCACAAAUGAAUAUGCAUGGGAUUGUAGAUAUCCAGAACAAUCCUAGGGAUACUUUCUUGGAUGGCUAAUUGGAGCUUACUUGCAAAUUAGCAUGCAUAGGCUUGCAGCCUCUGUGUUAGAUGGGAGUUCUUAAAUAAUUCAGUUGCAUCUCUUGUUUAUUUCAGGUUAAAAGACUCACAUUUGAGGCACUGAAGGAAAAGAAACCUGCUUUAUAGAUGGCCUUGGAGGUAGAAAAAUCUCCUUUUGAGGCAUCGUUGAGUGCGAAGGCCAAAUGCUAUGGGAGGUGGAACUACCGAGAACUCGAGAUGGACCACUCUGAACUAGUUAGCAAGGUUUGCCAGCCUUCAGCUGUGGAAGAAGAAGAGCCUUUGCCCAAGGAAACAGUGGUUGGAGAGUUCAAGGCCAUAGAGAAAGCUGGCCAUACAUUUCCUGGCAUUUUCUGGAGAACUGAAAAAUGUGAUAAGAUGUCUUCAACAGCUUCUAACAAGUUUUGCAAGAUGAAAGCAAAAGUAAAGUAUGUGGAGAGACGGCCGCUCAUCAGUAGGACCACUUUUGGUAGUGAAGUAGCUCCCAGUUUUAGCAGAGGUGGUUUGUUUCCAGAAGAACAACAACAGGUGAGCAUAUUUAGGUAUUCAUACUUGCACGAUGCUUCCAAGAAAAAUGCUAAGGAGUCUGGAUUCUCACAGUUGAAGAGUGAAUGAUCAUAGUGCAGAAAACAUUUUUUAUUUCCUUUUAUACAUCUCUUUCCAUUGGCACAUGUGACAUGGUGGAUAAGCAGUUUGGAAGAAACUUUAGGAGUUAUCUGAAUUAGAAACCAGAGCAAAUACCUUGCAGCCUUUGACUGCCGUUCUGAUUCAGUCACGCUUCUGCCUCUUCCUUUAAAAUUGUUUUGAUUGAACGUUGGUCAGGCUGGAUCAGAAUGCAGGUGGGGAGGGAUGAUCAGUGAGAAGGGUAACAGAUUGCUACCCAGUGUUAGGCACACUUAAUUGGGAGUAAGCCUCAUUGAACACAGUGGGGCUUGCUUUUGAGAAAAUGCACAUAGGGUUGUGCUGUGAAUUCGCGUAUUUUAGAGUUUCAGAUUUAUGGUAUUUGCUACUGUCAGGGAACUGACAUCGGAGCUAGAGGUGGAGGGGAGGCUCUCUAAUGAUGCUGGAGAAGGGCCCAGCAGGGAGAGAGGCAGCUCAGCAGAUGGGGAAGCAAAUCAGCGCAACACCCGGGAUAGAGAAGGGCAGAUGGGGGAAUCGGCGAGAGGGCUCCAGGACUCUUCACCGGACACCAGCGGGGAGAGCACUGGUCCUCCGCUACCCACGCCCUCCCUGCGCAGAAGACUUCCGCGCAGAGAGGGUAGGAGGAGACUGGGUGUCAAACAACUUUUAUGUUGGAAAAGGUUUGAGAAACGCCCACUGACGGAUUCUGCUAGCGACUGAGGCAGCCACGAAUUGAAGGGCUGUCCAGACAGAAAGGUUUAAGAAGGCAACAUAGCCAGGAGAGGCGGCAACUUACGCACGAGCAACCCCAUACCAUUAUAGCUACUAUGGCAAUAUUGCAAGUGAGGGUGGGGAGGAAGAAUGAUAGACCCGCUUCCCUGAAUGUAUUCUUCAGGGUUGGGCAGCAUUGUGGACUUUUCUGAAAACCUAUCCAAAUGGUGCACACAAUAGAUCUAGUUUGUUGGUUUAAAUACGGGUGAACGCUGCCUGAGCAACAGGAGCAUAAAUAGUCCAUGGGAGUGAGUGAAUUUGCUUGAAUGUAAUUGGUCUGGGUCUUUCUAUUUGGGUGUGUGUUUUGAGAUUCCCAAAUACAUGUAAUGAGACUGAAGGUACAUUCUUCCACCUUUGGUGGACAUGCCCAAGGAUUAAGACAUUUUGGGAGAUGAUUUAUAACGAAAUGAAAAAGAUAUUCAAAUACACCUUCCUGAAGAAACCAGAGGCCUUUCUCCUGGGCAUGGUCACCCAAUUGGUGCCAAAGAAGGAUAGAACUUUUUUUAUGUAUGCUACAACAGCAGCAAGAAUACUCAUUGCAAAGCACUGGAAGACACAAGAUUUACCCACCCGGGAAGAAUGGCAGAUGAAGUUGAUGGACUAUAUGGAACUGGCGGAAAUGACUGGCAGAAUCCGAGACCAGGGAGAAGAGUCGGUGGAAGAAGACUGGAAAAGUUUAAAGACUAUUUACAGAAAUACUGUAAAAUUAAUGAAUGUUAGGAAAACGUUGGAAUGAAGUUAUAUGGCUUUAGUAGAAAUGUUAUAAGGAAUUAAGUAUAAAUAGACUAAUAGAGUAUUAAAGGAAAAAAUAAGGAUAGAAAGUGUUAAGAUAAUUAUAGGAUAGAAAACAGAGGAAGAUGGAAAGGAAUUGCUGAAACAAUUAACAGAAGUGGAAUACAAAAAGGGACGUGUGAGGAGGUCAUUGAAAUAAGUGAAUGAAAGAUAAGAUAUUGAAAUUGUUUGAUGUGUUUUAAACUGCUUUUGUUUUGUUUUGUUAGUUUAAUGUGUUAGUGUUAUGUAGUGUUUUUGUAUUGUAUUGUUUAUUUUUUUUAUAGUGUUUAAAUUGUUGGAAAAGUAAUAAAUAUUAUUUAAAUAAUAAAAAAAAAGAGAUUCCCAAAUACAUAAGUAAUUAGUGUCAUCCUUGUGAUGACCCUUCCAAGUCUGCAGUUCUAUGAUUCUGUGUCAUGGGUAGGCAAACUAAGGCCCGGGGGCUGGAUCCGGCCCAGUUGCCUUCUAAAUCUGGCCCACGGACAGUCUGGGAAUCAGCGUGUUUCUACAUGAGUAGAAUGUGUCCUUUUAUUUAAAAUGAGUCUCUGGGUUAUUUGUGGGGCAUAGGAAUUCAUUCAUCCCCCCCCCCAAAAAAAUAUAUAGUCCGGCCCCCCACAAGGUCUGAAGGACCGUGGACCGGUCCGCUGCUGAAAAAGUUUGCUGACCCCUAAUGGCAUUCGCAUCAGAAUGCUGGUUUUCAUUCCUCCAGCCUUCAAAUUAAUCCAGGUUCACUUAUUUCGGGGGGGGGGGAGCCAUUGAGCUUAAAAGAAAAGAAAGAAAGAAACAAUUGUCAGCAGCCUGCUUGCUAAUUAACCCCCCCCCCAAUAUAUUGGAAUAUUCUUUCUUUGUAAAUAAAAAAAAUUCCUGCCUUUCUUGCCUGACCUCUUUUUUAAAAAUGACUUGCACAGGUGACUUCAGCAGAAGACUCGGAUUCUGCAGAGCCGCUUCAGGGGUUGCUGGAAAUCACAACCAAAGCUAUGGACUCAACAUUUUACAGCCCUACCACCAAACCCCUCUACAGCCUUGAUGCUGAUGGGAGGAGCCAGGUGACAGUUGCGCCUUAUUCAUCCACUCCCAAACACCUGCCAGGUAAAAUAAACCAUCGUUUUGAUGCUGUGACACCUGCGUUCCCUCGGACUAGCUUCGCCUUACAGCCUUCAGAAGACUCUGGUUUUGAUCAGCAGGGGAUGACGAGAUCAAAGAGCUUUUUGGGGGCUGGGACUCUUUCGUUGUCCCCUGAAACAUCUGCUCCCUGGCAGCUGCCUGGUCUCCCUGACCCUUCAGGAAACCACAUGCUGGGUGCACACGGGCACAUAGCUUUGGAUAGCUCCCCCACAGUGGGUCACAUGAGAAAGAUGUCCUCCUUCCAGGCGGACUACUGGGCGUGUGCCAUACCCGAUUGCCUGCCCCCAUCGCCAGACCGCCAGUCGCCCCAUUGGGACCCUAAUAAAGAAUAUGAGGACUUGCUUGAUUACACCUAUCCUUUGAGGCCGAAACACAAGCUUGCAAAGAACCCCAGAGAGUCUUCUGUCCACGAUUCUGGGGUUGACCUCAACAGCCUUUCCAUUUCUCCCGAGAGUACCUUGAAGUCCAUGAACCUGCAGGGCCAGGAACCCCUGGCUGCAGAGAUCCCACACUCAGAGAGCUUUCCAACCCCUUUAUUGGAAAAGUCAGAAUGCCCCCUUCCAGUUUCUCACUACAGACUCUCACCUGUUGGGAAAGUGUCCUUUUCUGAUGGUGUUCCCUCUCCUGGGAGAACUCGCAUCUCUGGAGAGAUGGCGCAUGGCUUGUCUCCUAUGUGCCCACGACCAGUUCCAUUUGAUUCAUGCAACUUGGAUGAAAGACGCUGGGACACAAGGGGAUAUGGCUGCCUUACAAAGAGAGAUGCUGUCAGUAGCAGCUUCAUACGCUCCACAAGGGUGCUGCCUUUACAAAACGGGAGUUCCAGUGAUGAAGAGUAUCUCUCCUUACCACCCAGGCUCAAGGAGUUAGAGAUGUUGGCUCAGCAGCUGACUGAGCUUUCACUGAUCAUAAGGAACCCUGAACAUUUUGCAUAUGGCGAUGUGACUGGAGAGCAGCUUCCACUGGAGGCUCAGGGAGAUGGUGGAGCCAGCAAGAGUCAGUGGGAAACAGAUGGUGAUUCUUGUCAUACGUGUAGCUUCCAUGAACAUAUUGAAGAAGACCUUCUGAGCAACCAAAGCUGCCAGGACCAGGAGGAGUUUCCAGGAGAGGCUGCUAGUAGCAUUGACUUGCUCAAAACAAGAUUCCUCGAGAGCGGAGGUCAUCAUGUCGAGCAAGAGACAACCCGAUGCAGAGACUCCCUUGCACUGCAUAUGAGGGUAAAUAAAAUAAAUCCAAACCUGAACAGCAAAAUGCCAAUUGUGUCAUAUGAUACUUAGAUUUGAAAGUGGCCAAAGGGAGUGUGCGACUUUUGAAGAGCUGAAAGACCUGAAGGCCUGGCUGCUUGUCCCUGUGUAGACCUGUAUUAUCACUUAUAUAAUAAUAACAAUUUAUUAUGUACCCCGCCCAUCUGGCUGGGGUUCCCCAGCCACUCUUUGCGGCUUCCAACAAAAUAUUAAAAUACAAUAGUAAGUCAAACAUUAAAAGCUUCCCUAAACAGGCCUGCCUUCAGAUGUCUUCUAAAAGUCUGGUAGUUGUUUUUCUCUUUGUCAUCUGGUGGGAGGGCGUUCCACAGGGCGGGUGCCACUACCGAGAAGGCCCUCUGCCUGGUUCCCUGUGACUUGGCUUCUCGCAAUGAGGGAACUGCCAGAAGGCCCUCAGCGCUGGAUCUCAGUGUCCGGGCUGAACGAUGGGGGUGGAGACGCUCCUUCAGGUAUACUGGACUGAGGCCGUUUAGGGCUUUAAAGGUCAGCGCCAACACUUUGAAUUCUGUUUGGAAAUGUACUGGGAGCCAAUGUAGGUCUUUCAGGACUGGUGUUAUGUGGUCUCAGUGGCCACUCCCAGUCACCAGUCUAGCUGCCACAGUCCGGAUUAGUUGUAGUUUCUGGGUCACCUUCAAAGGUAGCCCCACGCAGAGCACAUUGCAGUAGGUCAUCUGGGGCAAGUUUAUGUGUAGCACAACCUACCUAAUGUCAUAGGGCAGGGACCCGAAAACAGGCAUUUUCUGCUCCUGCACCGUGCCUGUCUCUGUACCAUUUGGGAAGCAGCAGCCACCAGUAUUGUAUUUAAUGUUAAUUCUGGAAGUGUCCCUUCCAACACUACAAUUCUAUGGUUCUAUGAUAUUUGAGGCGGGUAUCAUACUGGUGUAUAUUUAGCUCUAGGAGGCUAAAUUAGGUCAGAAUCGAGAAUACACUUCCAGAAUUAACACUGAAUACAUUACUUCUGGUAAAUGAGCCACCGUAGUCCCUCAAGGGUUGUGAAAAUUUGUGUGCCAGGCUUUUUGGACUCGUCUAGUUUUCAGCUCUCCCACCCCACUACUGCGUCUAACCUGGGAAUUGAAACCCCCCCCCAAAUAGUUUUACAGUUAAGCCUAUAAAACUGAAUUUUACUAUGUCUUAUGCAUAUAAUGGGUGCCUUUGUUCUGAUUCAUCCAAGUAGAUAUUUUGCUGUCAACUAGAAGAGCUCAUUUGUUGGCUGCACAAAGUAGCAGAAGUUACAGACAACUGGAUUCCUCCCAAGCCAGAUGUUGGAAGUGUCAAAGCAGCAUUACAAAGCUACCUGGUAAUUCCUUCCCCCCUUUUUCCUCCUUAACUGUGGAUUUGAGUAGCUCUGAGGUCACUGGGCUUCAUUAUGUAGGAGCAACUGACUGCUGAAAAGAGGCCCAAUUCAAAUCAAAUAAUCCCUUAAGCAGACCCCUGUGAGAAAUAAGAAAAGGCUGCAGCCCCACUGUGGCCUAUCAGUUUGGAAGAAUGCCUAUUGUAGAAAGCUCUUUGUCCACAUCAUGAAACACCAGUCUCCCUUGUCCCCCCGCCCCCUCAAAUGUAUAAAUCAGUGGAAUACGGUAUUGGGAAAAUGUAUAUUCUUGCCAUGUGCUCACCCUCCUAGGAGAGUUCUGCUGUUCUUGGUGUACAGUUGGUAGUAACUGGAGGGCAGAUAGGCUAAGAGCAACCUUUUUCAGCCGUGGGCCUGUCCACCAUCCCUCAGACCAUGGGGUGGGCCGGACUAUAUUUUUGGAAAAAAAUAUGAAUGAAUUCUUAUGCCCCACAAAUAACCCAGAGAUGCAUUUUAAAUAAAAGGACACAUUCUACUCAUGUAAAAACACACUGAUUCCUGGACCGUCCAUGGGCCGGAUUGAGAAGGCAAUUGGGCCGCAUCCGGCCCCCGGGCCUUAGGUUGCCUACUCCUGGCUGAGAGCAUUGUGAUCCCUGUUUCAUCAGAGCAGCUCACACAACUGAUAUUCCUGCGCCCUCCUUGCUGCCCACCCCUGACAGCCGUAACCCUGUCCAGAGAUUCAGAGGGCCCUCCUGAACAGUCGAGGCUGCAUUGCACAGGGUUGCAGUACAAAGGGGGAAAUUGCCUAGACUCUGGCAGCGGGAUCUUUCAGCAAUGGGAGCUUCUGCUGGCAGACGACCCCUCCUCUCAAUUUUAGCUGACUUCCCCUCCUAUUUUGCACUGCAGAACUGUACACCACAGCCUCUGCUGUUUCGGGGUGCCCCAUUGCCUCCAUAGAUAGGGUUUUUUUUUAUUUUUGUUAAGUACAGCAGCUGCAGGCAGAGGAGGGAAAGCAAAAUGGGAUACACAGGCUGUCUUCUCACACCGUUGGAUCUAACCUAUAACUUUUAAAUACAUUUUGCAGAACCUAUGUGCCCACUUGUGGAUAAUGAGUAAUUGUUCUUUAGAAAGAUAAAUUUAAAGGACCCCUGAUCCCGUUUACCUUCCCACAGGAGCGGUACCUAUUUAUCUACUUGCACUUUGAUGUGCUUUCGAACUGCUAGGUUGGCAGGAGCAGGGACUGAGCAACGGGAGCUCACCCUGCCGCGGGGAUUCGAACCACCGGCCUUCUGAUUGGCAAGUCCUAGGCUCAGUGGUUUACACCACAGCACCACCUGCGUCCCUAAUUUUUCUUUACUCAUUAAUUGAUUUUUAAUGCUUUGGCUUUGAAUACUGUUGCUCAUGACAUCAAUCACAUUUCUAUGCAGGAGUUCAAAAAGGAUUUAGCUGACCACCAGACACUGACUGAAAAUGUCUUGCAAGAUGGCGAUAGGCUUCUCAAAUGCAUGGUAUCAGAUUCACCAGGUGAGGGGAGAGACAACUAAAAGGGGGAAACAGAACCAGACUAUGGUGUAGGGGAGGACAGGGGAACUGCAGGCCACCAGAUCAGACCUUGUAAUAUUUUUCUGAAACUCCUCCACCUUCUCCCACUGGGUUUUCAACUUUCUAGCUCUCAUGGUUUUCAACAUACUUGGCAAAUACAGUUUUCAAGUCUCACCUGUUUAAACAGAGCAAACUUAAGCACAUAUUUGAUGUUCUCAUAGAAAGCUGUAGGAUUUCAGAAUGCUUUAUUUUUGCUGAAAUAUGCCCCAUGUUACCUUCUUUUUACUAUAUAAAGGCUGAAAAACUAGAAAGCACUGUGCAUGAGCUGUGACCUGAGCACAUGUGUGUUUGCUAAUAGAAAACGGAGCUUUGGGGUAGUGCUUUUUGGUGAAUCCUUCUUGUUAGUUUCAUCCGCUUGAGAAAGCUGCUAUAACUUGUACAGCACCAUCUCUCUAUUCCUAGCAUGCACCAUAAUCUACUCUUCUUUCUCUUAUCCUCUAGUUAUUUAUUGCAAGCGAAGCAGAACGCUUAAUGCCUCUUCUUGUGGUCAUUUCUAACAGUGUUAGUUACCCAAAAUUGUCAAGGAGAAACAUCACAGAAUCCGGCUCUUAAAUUUGUAUUAACCCUUGCUUCUAGUUUUACAGAACACUCUCAGCUUGAUCGCCAAACAAUCUGACAGGCUUGAAAGCCACGCUGAACGCUUGUAUGAGACUCUCCUAGCAGCUAUGGACACCCUUGGCGAUGGCUUGAUAAAGAAUUGUGAUGCUCAGCAAACGGCUGCCCAGGCAGAGUCGUCAAGGUGGGUAAGCGGAAGAGAAGAUGUGAGGGUGGACCUUAAUGAAUGUGUUCUUGUGUGCUGGCACACCAAGCUUGCCUGGCUCCAAGGGCGUUUGAAGUUCCUUAAAUAGUAAACUUGCACCCUCUUAUGAAUUGACGCUCAUCUUCAGCUUUUCGUAAACCACUAGAAAUUCCAGCAACUUAGGCAGAUGCACCCCGUUUUCCUGGGGUGGAUAUAAGGGUAUAAACGCUUUAAGAAAAUCCUCAAGGUUAUAAUGAAUUAAGGUGGAAAGGGGCAGCCCGGGAUAUUUUGCCACUGUAGGCAAAAGUCCCCUCCCCCCCCCCCAGAACCAGGCCCCCCCCCCUGCCCCCACUGUCACACCCCUGCAGGUUGUCCUUCGCUUCUUAUGACUGGGAAAGACUCCUUCCUGCCGGCUGGUCUCAACUGGGCUGGGUGAGCCAAUGAUCUGAUUCUGUGCAAAGCAGUUUCCUCUGCUCCUAAUGGGAAAUUUGGAUCCAAGGUCUAGCACUUUGCACCUGAAGGGACCUCCAUUGGCCCUUUUAUUCCUCUUUUUGUCCCUGCUCUUUGUGGAUAGAGUGGCUUCGUUAAAUAAGGGACAGGGCUCCUGCGCUGUUAAUGGCUGCCAAGAAGAGUGAAUUUGCAUCACAAUCUGCAUCUCUUGAAACUACCUCUCCAACACAACCAUUAAAAGUUCAGGAGCCUUUGUUCUUUUUUAACCUGCCAUCUUUAGGUGAAUCAUUAAGGCUGCAAUCCUGUACCCAGUUUCCCACUGAAUUUAGCUGAACUUACUUUGAUCAGACAUGAUACAGAACAGCACUGUUAAGGAGUUCAGCUGCCUCUGUGCUAAAGGGUAUAAGGAUCCCAUCCUCCACACACUUUCUAGUUUUGUUGCUCCUUGCUUUCAGCCAGUGGUUUAAUUUAAACUAUCAUAGCAAUCAUAGUCACUAAUAGUAAAAUGCAGAAAACAAUUGGGAAAUCAAGCCUGCAUUGUCUGAAUAGCACCUUCCUGGCCAUUGGCUUUUAAAAGAUUUAUGACGGGUUGAAAGUGGCAGUAUUAACAGUGGCCUUCUAGAAAUGUAGAGCUUAGGUUGAAGUUUAUCUGUACCUGUAAGGUAAAGGGACCCCUGACCAUUAAGUCCAGUAGUGGACAACUCUGGGGUUGCGGCGCUCAUCUCGCUUUAUUGGCCGAGGGAGCCGGCGUACAGCUUCCGGGUCAUGUGGCCAGCAUGACGAAGCUGCUUCUGGCAGAGCAGCGCACGGAAACGCCAUUUACCUUCCUGCCGGAGUGGUACCUAUUUAUCUACUUGCACUUUGAUGUGCUUUCAAACUGCUAGGUUGGCAGGAGCAGGGACCGAGCAACGGGAGCCAUGUAACUUAAGAGGGCUACUUUGCAAUGUAACUGAGGCAUUAUCAUCAUCAUCAUUUAUUCCCCACCCAUCUGCCCGAGUUUCCCAGCCGCUCUGGGUUUCUCCAGCCACUUUAUGUCCUGAGGAACUUUUGGUUGCAAAUAAAAGCAUACUAACCCCCCCCCCAAUAAAAUUUAUUUUAAGUUAUUUAAAUCCCAUAGAGCAAAUGAAUGCUUGGUACCUUGGGCAGUUUUCAGUGUGUAGUCUAAAGGCAUUUGACGUAGCAACCUUGCUGAAGUGAAGCAGGUCUGCUCAUCCUAAGUGUAUUUCGUUUGAAGUCCACAAUGGAAAAAAGACAGGAUGCAUUUGUUAACUUGCGGAUUACUUUAUUUCAGAUAA